UACCCCGCAUGCAUCUUCUUUGGAAACAAAUAACAAACCAACCCGCCAUUUCUAAAACCCGUCUAGGGUUUCAAAAUUUAACUAUUCUUCUCACCAAUCCAAUUGAAAUUCAAAUUCAAUAUUCAGAAGCGAACCAAGAACAAUUACCCCAUUUUUUUUUGGAGUCACCGUAAUGGGGAAUAAGAUCGCAGAGGAGCUCGUUUCAACGGUACGGUCCAUUGUUGGCGACGAAUAUACAGAGAUGGACAUAAUUAGAGCACUUCACAUGGCCAAAAACGACCCCACAGCUGCAAUUAAUAUCAUUUUUGACACUCCAAGUUUCAAGAAACUCGAAAUUGUAAAUGUAGUUUCAAAUUCAAGUAGUAAAAAUACUGGUGAGAUCCAAAAAAUUGAGCCUAGUACAGUUUCUUCAAAUGAGGGAUUGAAUAUUAAUAAGAGUAGAAUUGAGAGUGAGUGUGAUAGGGGGAGUGAGUGGUGGUAUGUGGGGUGUGGUGAGGUAGGCGGUAUGUCAACAUGUAAAGGAAGGAUAUUGAAGGCUGGUGAGGAAGUUGAAUUUACGUACCCUGUGGAGAAGAAGAAUUUGAGUUCAGCUUCACCAGCUGGGAAGUUUGGACGAGGGCGUCAAGCGGCUGCUGCUUGUUCUGAAAUUGUAAGGUUUUCUACCAAGGCUUGUGGAGAGAUUGGGCGUAUUCCAAAUGAAUGGGCUCGAUGUAUUCUGCCGUUGGUGAGGGAUAAGAAGAUUAGAAUUGAAGGGUGUUGCAAAUCGGCUCCUAAUAUAUUGGCGAUUAUGGACUCUGUUCUUUUGUCCAUCAGAGUGUAUAUUAAUAGCUCCAUGUUCCGUAAAAGCAAUCAGACAUCACUAAAGGCUAGAUCUGCAGAUGAUACAGUUGUUCACCCCCUUCCAACUUUGUUCCAUUUGCUCGGACUUACUCCUUUUAAGAAGGCAGAAUUCACUCCAGCUGAUUUAUACACGAGGAAGCGGCCUUUGAGCGAACAGGACAGCUCUAGUGGUCGUGCCUCAGUAUUGCACGCGAACUUAUCCAAAAGCUCUUCAUCUGCAGAUGGAGAUAAAGUUGAGAAUGAUGAGACAAUUUCUGAUACUGAUCUUGAUUAUAUUGUUGGUUCAGCUGAUAACUCGGAGAUACAGGAAAUGGAACCACCAAGUACACUCCAGUGCGAUCUGCGACCCUAUCAGAAGCAGGCGCUUCAUUGGAUGACACAACUGGAGAGGGGAAGAAGCACGGAUGAAGCAGCAACAACUCUGCAUCCAUGUUGGGAUGCUUACCGUCUGAAAGACGAGAGGGAGCUUGUUGUUUACUUGAAUGCAUUUUCGGGUGAUGCGACCACUGAAUUCCCGAGUACCCUUGAAAUGGCUAGAGGAGGAAUUUUGGCAGAUUCAAUGGGGUUAGGGAAGACUAUAAUGACUAUAGCUCUCCUCCUCAGUCAUUCUGAAAGAGGUGGAUCAUCAGGGAGCCAACCUACAAGCCAGCUGUCCGGUGAAAAUGGUGAAGCUAGUAAUAUUUUAGGUCAAUCUCCAACUUUUGCAAAGAAAUCAGCAAAAUUCUCUAGUCUUGAUAAGCUCCUGAAACAUAAGCCCACACUUAUCUCUGGUGGCAAUCUGAUAAUAUGUCCAAUGACACUACUAGGUCAAUGGAAGGCAGAGAUUGAAGCCCAUGCACAACCUGGUGCUCUAUCUCUUUAUGUUUACUAUGGGCAGACAAGAUCAAAGGAUACAAAAGUGCUUGCUCGAAGUGAUGUCGUGCUGACAACAUAUGGAGUUUUGGCCUCCGAAUUUUCUACAGAGAAUGCUGAGGACAGUGGGGGGCUUUACUCUAUUAGAUGGUUUAGAGUGGUGCUUGAUGAGGCACAUACUAUCAAAUCUUCUAAAAGCCAAAUUUCCAAUGCUGCUGCUGCUCUUAUUGCUGACCGUCGGUGGUGUCUUACUGGUACCCCUAUCCAGAACAAUCUGGAGGAUAUUUACAGUCUUCUUAGAUUUUUGAGGGUUGAACCAUGGGGAAGCUGGGCAUGGUGGAACAAGCUUGUUCAGAAACCUUUUGAGGAGGGAGAUGAGAGGGGGCUAAAGUUGGUUCAACAAAUUUUAAGAUCGAUCAUGUUGAGAAGAACAAAGUCUAGUACAGACAGGGAAGGCAGACCAAUUUUAGUUCUACCACCAGCAGAUAUUCAAGUGACAUAUUGUGAACUAACAGAAGUAGAGCGCGACUUCUAUGAUGCAUUGUAUAAAAGAUCCAAGGUGAAGUUUGAUCAGUUUGUUGAGCAAGGACGAGUUCUCCACAACUAUGCUUCUAUAUUGGAGUUGCUUUUGCGACUUCGUCAAUGUUGUGACCACCCGUUUCUUGUAAUGAGUCGAGGUGAUACCCAAGAAUUCUCUGAUCUAAAUAAGCUUGCUAAACGUUUCCUUAAGGGUGGUAAGGAGACUGGAGAAGGCAAAGAUGUUCCUUCACGUGCUUAUAUUCAGGAGGUUGUGGAAGAGUUGCGGAAGGGAGAACAGGGAGAAUGUCCUAUUUGUCUUGAAGCUUUUGAAGAUGCAGUCUUGACUCCAUGUGCUCAUAGGUUAUGUCGAGAGUGUCUCUUGGCAAGCUGGCGAAGUUCUACCUCGGGCCUUUGUCCUGUUUGUAGAAACACUGUCAGUAAGCAGGAGCUUAUAACAGCCCCGACAGAUAGCCGCUUUCAGAUUGAUGUUGAGAAGAAUUGGGUGGAGUCAUCAAAAGUAUCAGCCUUGUUGGGUGAACUAGAACGUCUUCGUUCCAUUGGCUCCAAAAGCAUUGUUUUUAGUCAGUGGACUGCCUUCUUAGAUCUAUUGCAGAUUCCUCUUUCUCGUAGUAAUAUUCCAUUUGUACGCCUUGAUGGGACGUUAAACCAGCAACAACGUGAGAAAGUAAUAAAGAAGUUCUCAGAAGAGGAUGGCAUAUUGGUGUUGCUGAUGUCAUUGAAGGCUGGUGGUGUUGGGAUAAACCUGACGGCUGCAUCUAAUGCUUUUGUCAUGGAUCCGUGGUGGAAUCCAGCUGUUGAGGAACAAGCGGUCAUGCGUGUUCAUCGUAUUGGACAAACUCAGCAAGUAAUGAUUAAACGAUUCAUUGUGAAGGGUUCAGUUGAGGAAAGAAUGGAAGCAGUACAAGCUAGGAAGCAACGGAUGAUUUCUGGUGCUUUGACGGACCAAGAAGUUCGGACUGCAAGAAUUGAGGAACUUAAGAUGCUUUUUGCAUAGACAAUACAGAACUAAAUCAUGCCAAUGAGUUGGGGCCUCUGGCUCCUCAGAUUGUAGAUUCACGAUCACCAUAUUAGAUGGUAUAUGUGUCUGGAAAAGAGCUGAAAGCUUCUCUUCAUUCUAGCCGGUGGUCUCCAUGUCUCAUGCUGCAGGCACACCGGAUUAUUUUGUAGGCCUCGACAAUCUCAAGCGUUGAAAAGUGAUCAUUCGAUCUCAAGUGUUGAAAAGUGAUCAUUCCAUUGAAAAAAGCACUUCUCAAAAUAAGCUAAUUUUAGAAGCUUGGCUAAACAGGCUAUAAGUUUUCGUUGAAGCAGUUUCCAGAAGCGCAAAUGUAACUAGCAUCUGGGGGAUGUGCAUUUGUACUUCACUGUUGUAAAACCAAAUCCUGGUAUCACGACUGUUAUCAAGAUCUGGGAUCGGACUUCUAAAACAGUUUUUAUAGAGUAAACAAAUUUGUAAAUAUUAUUUUUCGUUAAUGUAGCUUCCAAGCUGUAGAGAGGAGAGUCAUAUGUAACUUUGUAGCUUUUGUUUCAGUUAACAAACCUUGUAAAUUUUGACCAUAUUGAAGUUCUCCCUUAAGUUAACAAAAGCUUGUAGUUUAUGAGUA